AUGAAAAACUUCGAAAAAAAACACGUUCAUGCUUUCUACGAAGAGUCUUCAAAAGAGUUCUCUGCAACAAGAUACAAAAUGUGGCCGAAGGUGGAGCACUUCUACAGCAAAUAUGUGAAAAAUACCGAUGUGAUACUUGAUGCCGGAUCUGGAAACGGCAGAAACACGCUGCAUCCUCUGCGCACCGUGUCCCUGGACUAUUCAAAAGGCCUUCUGGGCAUCGCCAAGGAGAAACAAAGUGGAAUGAUGUAUGCUCGGCACGAUCUCGGUGAUGUAUUUCCUAUUAGGGCAGGCGUGUUUGACAUCUGCAUAUCAAUAGCUGUCAUACACCAUCUGUCCACGAGCGAGCGGAGAGAAGCAUCGGUGCGGCACAUGAUUGAGUCUCUUAAGACAGGAGGGCACUGCAUGAUCUAUGUGUGGAGCGAGUCCCCAGAGAGCAAGCCGUCAAAGUUCUUGAGUAUUUCGAAUAUCAGUAACCCAGGCAUAGAAAAGAUCGACAAUCUCACAGGAAAUGAUGUUUUUGUGGGGUGGAAAAGCACAAACAACCUAAACAGAUACUACCACUUGUUCAGAACGAACGAACUUGAAGACAUUAUUGCUAAGUGUCCUGUGGAAAUCCUUGAGUCGGGAAAGGACCAUGGGAAUUAUUAUGUAAUAUGUAGGAAAACUGCAAGCACCAACAAUAAAUAA